UGCAUAUAUAUGUUUAAAAGAAUAUGUAUAAUUAAGUAAGGAAUGUUCUAACUUUAUUUUCUUCUUCUUGUAUAGUAAAAAUCUUUAAACCCACGACUCGGUCUCGGUUCGUCAUCCUAAUAAAAACAUUUAACGCGAAAAACCAUGAGUUUUGUACUCAAUCGUUUCUUCUUAAUACUGGUUUUUGUAUACUCACUCGCUCUGACCGCAAACGCGAAUUCCUUCGAAUCGCUCCUCCAGCUCCCACGAAGACAAUGGCGCUCGACCCGACCCAGAUCCGAACGGGUCCUUCACGUCGGCAAUUUUGGUGCCAAAGGCAAUGGCUUCACCGACGACACUAAAGCGUUUGAAGAAGCUUGGAAGGCAGCUUGUUCUUCCAAAGCCAAAACCAGAAUCUUGGUGCCAGAAAAUUACACUUCCCUCGUCCGCCCCAUUGAUCUUUCUGGACCUUGUAAAGCCAGACUCACACUGCAGAUCUCUGGUACAAUCAUUGCUCCGGAUGAUCCAGAUGCUUGGGAAGGUCUUAACCGCCGGAAAUGGCUUUACUUCCAUGGCCUCAGCCGCUUGACCGUUGAAGGAGGCGGCACUGUUAAUGGAAUGGGCCAAGAAUGGUGGAGAAGAUCUUGCAAACACAAUCAUUCCAACCCUUGUCAAGGUGCUCCAACGGCAUUGACAUUCCACAAGUGCAAGAAUAUGAGACUUGAAAACAUCAACGUGAUUGAUAGUCAGCAAAUGCACAUUGCCUUCACCAGCUGUCGCCGUGUGACCAUCUCUGGUUUGAAGGUCAUAGCUCCUUCUAGGAGUCCCAAUACAGAUGGUAUUCACAUAAGCGUCUCUCGUGGUAUCGUGAUAGACAACACCACUGUCAGCACAGGAGAUGACUGUGUCUCGAUAGUUAAAAACUCGUCACAGAUCUCCAUCAGCAACUUUGUGUGUGGUCCUGGCCAUGGCAUAAGCAUUGGAAGUUUAGGAAAAUCAAAAUCUUGGGAAGAAGUAAAAGACAUAGUGGUUGAUACGGCCUCCAUUUCUGACACUGAGAAUGGUGUUCGAAUCAAAACAUGGCAGGGAGGAAGUGGUUUGGUCUCAAAAAUCAUAUUUAGGAAUAUCGAGAUGAACAAUGUGUCCAACCCCAUUAUCAUCGAUCAGUACUACUGUGAUUCCCGGAAGCCGUGUGCGAAUCAGACAACAGCUGUUACCAUUGAGAACAUCUCAUUUGUUGGCGUGAGGGGAACUUCAGCAUCAAAACAAGCAAUCAAGAUCUCUUGCAGCGAUACUUCACCUUGCCGCAACAUACUUCUACAAGACAUUGAUCUUGAACCACUAAACGGUGAUGGUUUGACAGAGUCUUUCUGUUGGGAAGCUUAUGGUUCGAGUUCGGGUCAAGUAUACCCUCCUCCUUGCCUCUCAGAUGAGACAAACGUCUUGGAACAGUCGGUUCAGUCGGGGAACACAUCUGCUGCUUACCUUUGAGUUUUGAACUCAUGUGUUUCAGAUUUGCAACUCUGCCACGUGUCAGUACAUACGUUAAUAAUUGUCUUUGAUAUGUUAUAUGGCUUCACGUUAUAAGCAAAUUCACUACUUCACCAA